AUGGACCAGCAAUCCGAUCUUCCGCACUAUCAACAAGACUACCCGCCUCGCCAUGUUCACCAUCCUCACAUUCAUCCUCAACACCGUCAGCAGCUUCUUCCCCCACAGCCACCACAACAAUCGGCAAAUUCUAUGCAAUUACAACAAAUGCAACCGCACAUUCAUCAACAGCCUAUGAUGGUAGAUCAUUCACCUCAUUUGGCUCUCAAUCCAACGCCAUCUGCAUCAAUUCCUCCAUUUUCAUUUCACGGUGGGAGCAGCAAUCAAAACCAUAAUGUCGUUUUGGACAAAUUCUGGCACAAACAAUUGACGGAUAUCGCUAACUUGGAUCAUGAUUUCAAGAAUCAUCCGUUACCCUUGGCUAGGAUUAAGAAAGUAAUGAAAGUUGAUGAGGAUGUGAAGAUGAUCAGCUCCGAAGCACCAGUGAUAUUUGCUAAAGCAUGCUAUAUUUUCAUUAUCGAACUGACCAUACGCGCGUGGUUAAAUGCUGAAGAAUCUAAAAGGAGAACAUUGCAAAGAUCAGACAUAGGAAAUGGAAUUAAGAAAGUAGAUAUGUUUGAUUUUUUAGUAGACAUUAUACCACGAGAUGACAAACCCAUCAAGAAUGAAAAGUCUGAUCACCCAUCUCAUUAUCCUUACGGAUAUGGAGUACCCCAUCAUCAAUUCAGUGGUCCAAUGAGUGAAGAUCAGAAGUUGGCUGUAGAUUCUCAAGUAAUUCCAUAUCAACAGCAUCCAUCGAUAUCCCCAUCUAUUCGCUACGCCGAACCAUCCGGACAUCCUUCUCUUCCAAUGCCUAAUAUAUUACCUCAUGUUGCACCUGAACAGUCAUCUUCUUCCCCCGGAUAUAUGCAAGGGUAUUACGCUCAAAAUGCAGGAGACAGCGGAUUUAUACCCGAGAAUCAGGUGAAGUAUGAAACAACAAGAGGAAGUGAGUGGUACACACAUGGACAAAGUACACAGCAUGCGUUUGAUGGAGAUAACAACAAUGCCUAUGAACAAUCAUUUGGGGGAAUGCAGAGAAACUAA